AUGUCGACCAACAUCUUUCGCGAUAGCUAUGCCGGCGACCCAUCGGACAACGAUGCGACAACAGCGCACAACACAAAAGGCAAGAAGCCGGGCUUUAUGAGCCUGCCAGGCGGAAGCAAAGCCAUCUUCGCCUUUGUACUCAGCCUCUUUGCAUACACGCUCCAGACCGAGUUCGCCCAAUAUGUCCAGCAAUCUCUCAACUACCGCAAGCCUUUCUUAUCGCUAUAUCUUGGGCACAGCGCCUUCCUCCUGCUUUUUCCGAUGCAUCUCUUCUUCCUUAAAUGGACCACAGGACGACCCAUCACACAUUAUCUUCAUCUCAUCGCACAGAACCUUCGAUGGCAGCUCGAAACACCUGCAUCUACGUUACCAGAUCCAAGGGCUGACGCCGUGCGGCAGCGCCUAAGCCAGGCUUCCGGAAGGGGGAUACCGACAAAUGGCGCCGAGUGGGACGAGCAGGCGGCGGAAAGCUUGACUCGGCGGCCGGCAUCUUUUCUUGAGCAAAAGUUUGGCUUCAAUGUCCUCCGUCUCGCAGGCCUCUUUGCCAUCUUGACGGUUGGCAUCACAGUGCCGGCGCUCAGCUGGUACUGCGCCGUGCCCAUGACGUCGAUGGCAGACAUCACGGCUAUCUACAACACCUUUUCGGUCUGGGCGCUCGUCUUCUCGGUCUGGUUUCUCGGGGAGAAAUGGCAGAAGCGCAAAGUCUUCUCCGUACUGCUGGCAUGUUUCGGAGUCAUAGUCGUUGCGUAUGGCGGCGCCGACCACAGGAAAGUGCCAAAGCCAUUCGACCCCAUACACGGCAAGCCGCCAGCAGAUGACAGUCCAGCCGAAGAAGUGGUCCGACGCUCGAUACAGUCAAUCGUGGCUCGUAUGCUGCGCAAGAGGGAGGACCCCGGGCAACCGUCACCGCCCGUCAACAGCGCUCACAACCCUGCUCUCGGCGAUCUGCUUGCAUUUAUCGGAGCAGUGACGAUGGCAGCGUACGAGAUGGCAUUCAAGCUCAUUGGCACGCUGCCAGACGAGCAGAAGCAGGCCGAGAUGUAUUCGGCGGUGCCCGGCGGUCGCAACCGACGCUCGCGCAGCUACGUCCGCUAUUCACAAGCAGCUGAGGAGGAUGGGCCGCAACGACACGAGACGGAAGGACUGCUUGGCGCAUCACAGUCGGAGACACGGCAAAAUGGCACCAAUGGCGAUCUCGGCAAAGGCUUAGAAGAAGCCGGCCAUCACGUUCUUGGCGACGACGAAGACGAGGAAGAGGUCGACCUCAAAAGGCGCGAAUCAACACACGCGAGAAGGUACUCGACGGUAGCGGACAAGCUGCUGGAAACGGAACGUUCAGACUAUUUCACCAUCACUCCUCCGCCGGAACCUGCGCAACCUUUCGACGAUGACAAUGGAGGCAAGACGGUCAAAGUUGCAGCCGACAAGGUGCGUGUGCAUGCCAAGGCGGUUCCCAUCUCAAAUGGUCAGCCCAAGCACCGAGACGAGGACGAAGAGUCCCAGAUCACCGAAUCGGAGCUAGACGAGGAUGAAGAGCGACUAGUUCUUUCUGGCGCCACUCGCUUGCAUCGCACGCGCUCGCAGCUCCUCACGCAUCCCGUUUCCUCCGACGAUCUGCGCACCUCCCUUGACGCCGCUUCCUCGCGGCCUGGCCCCAGCCGGAGGACGUCCUCGUACCGCAACGUCCAGCACGACCCGUCCAUCCCGCCGCCCCUGCCGUUUGGCCUGCACGCAAAUGUCAUGACCGCCGGCAUCGGCCUCACCACAUUCACCACCUUCUGGAUCCUCAUCCUCGCCGCGGACGCGCUGGGGUGGGAGACGCUCGAGGCGCCGCACAACGUGCGCACCUACCUCUCGCUCGCCAUGGUCGGCCUGUGCGGCAUCUUCUUCAAUGCCGCCUUCAUGAUCCUGCUCUCCCUAUGGGGACCCGUGCUGGCGUCGGUGAGCUGUCUCAUGACGACGAUCCUGGUCGAGAUCGCGGAUGUGCUGCUGGGCCACCCGUUGAAGUGGUUGAGCGUCCUCGGAUGCACGCUGAUCGGCGCCGGAUUCGCGGUGCUGGUAGGGGGAGACGACAUUCACUAG